GAGUCCGCCACCGUGUUAUGGGCGUGCGCAACUGCCUCGACGGCAAUAAUAUGUCAGGACAACGCCAUAUCUCCCUUGAACUCGGGGAACAGCCCGAGCAACCAUCUUUGGAGGCCCCAGGGGCAGCUGCCCCCAGUGCUGGGCCUGGCGCAGCCGAAGCGAUGGAGACCGAACCGCCUCACAGCGAGCCCAUCCCCAUCCAGAUUGAAGGUGAGGCCUGUGGACCCCCAGAGGUCUCCAGGCCCAACUUCCAGAGCCUCAGCCAAGCCAUCGAGGAAGUCGGAGCCCAUGGAGGCUACAGCCCACCUCCUGAGGAAGCCAUGCCCUUCGAGGUUGAGCAGCCCAGCAUGGGAAGCUUCUGGCCUACCCUGGAGCAGCCUGGAGACACCCCUGGGGCCCAUGCAGGCCUUGAGGCCUUCUGCCCAGCACUCCUGGAGCCCGGAGCCUUCGGUGAUGCCAGCCCAGGCCUGGGAGGCUACAGCCCUCCACCUGAAGAAGCCAUGCCCUUUGAGUUUGAGCAGCCUGGCCAGGGAGGCUGCAGCCAACCUCUCCUGCAGAUCUCAGACCUUGCUCCAGGAGGCCCAGGUGCCGGGGUCUUCGGCGCUUCUCCCGAGGAGCCCCCAGCCCUCAGACUUCCAAACUCGGGCUUCAGAGGAAGCUGCAGCCCUCCCCCUGAGGAGGCUAUGCCAUUUGAGUUUGAUGAAGCAGCCUUUGGGGACGAGAGCCCACCCCCUGGGCUCCCCCGAGCUAUCCCACAAGUCGACGGCGGUGAUGGCGGCCAGGUCACGGCAGUCGCGGUCCCGAGUGCGGUCCUCCUCGCUCCCGCCGCGAACGAGCCCCCCCUCUGGGUCCCAGGCGCCCUCGGCAGCCCAUCCCGAGAGGCUGUCAGACCUCCUUCACACUUCGUGGGCGACAGCCCCCCGAUGGAGAUCUCCGGACCCCCGCUCGAGAUUGGCAGCGCCCCCGUUGGGGUCGACGACACUCCCGUCAACAUGGACAGCCCCCCAAUCGCGCUUGACGACCCGCCCAUCGAGGUCUCCCGAGCCCCAGUUAAGAGAGAGCAAGCAGAGGGAGAGGGACCCCCAGUUGAGGGAGAAGCAGCCGAGAUGGAAGGAGGCUCAGCCGCCGCUGCCGCGGAGGGAGGAAAAGUCCCCUCUCCCGGGGAAGGAGCCCCUGCCGCUGGGGCCGCUCCCGCGGUCUCUGCCGCUCCCGCCGCCGGGGCAGCCCCAGCCGCUCCUGCCGCUCCAGCCGCUCCUGCCGCCGGGACAGCCCCUGCCGCCCGGGCAGCCGCUGCUGCCCCUGCCUCCGGAGCCCGACCCAAGCUCCGUUUCCUUAGACCCCCCAGCCCCGAGAUCCAGGUUGCCGAUCCGCCUACUCCGCAGCCUACUCGCGCGUUUGCCUGGCGGGGCAGGUCUGAGCGCGGCCGCGACGACGACGAGGGGUCGGUCAGCAGCAGCGGAGACGAAUCCGACGAUGGGACCUCCGGGUGCCACCGUUGUGUACAGCCCCGGCGAAAUCGCCGCCGCCGAAAGCCCCAGCGCAACUUGCUCCGCAACUUCCUCUCGCAAGCCUUCGGGGGCUGCUUCGGCCGAUCUGAGAGCCCCCAGCCCAAAGCCCCGCGCAGCCCCAAGGUCAAGAAGGUUCCUCUGGCGGAGAAGCGCAGACAAAUGCGCAAGGAAGCCCUGGAGAAGCGUGCUCAGAAGCGCGCAGAGAAGAAACGCAGCAAGCUCAUCGACAAGCAACUCCAGGACGAAAAGAUGGGUUACAUGUGUACGCAUCGCCUGCUGCUUCUAG